AUGGAAACAUCGAUUCCCUCGGAGCACAAUCAAUGUGGUGUCAGUAAUGUUGCUGGCGUUUUUAUGACCUUAAAGGGAGGUCGCUUGGAAACGAGCUUCGCCGAGUACCCUUGGACGGCGGCUAUAUUCGACACCAGAAACAAAUUCCUUUGCAAUGGAGUUCUUAUUUCUUACAAGGUAGUUUUGACUACAGCCACCUGUUUGGCACCCUACCAGCCACUCAUCGUCAGGGCUGGUGAUUGGGAUUUAGCAACUGAUCGUGAGACAGUUCCUCACAAGACUCGGGAAGUACAAGAUCUCAUCCUACAUGAGCAAUUUAAUUGGGACUCGAUGCAGGACAACAUAGCCCUGCUGAUUCUAAAAGAGGAGUUUCCUCGUCUUCAGCAUAUUGUACCCGUAUGUUUGAUACAGGAGGGGGUUGACCUCGACUAUAAAAAGCUGUUUUGUCACCGGGUGGAAUUACAGGACCUCUAG